AUGGAUGAGAUCGCCCCCGAAUAUGAUGUUGUUGUUCUCGGCACUGGCCUGACCGAGUGUGUGCUUUCUGGUGUUCUGAGUGUCAAGGGAAAUAAGGUUCUUCACAUUGAUCGCAAUGAUCACUACGGAGGAGAGGCUGCUUCCGUGAACAUCGAAACACUUUUCAAGAAAUACGGCAACGUCCGCCCCGGCGAAGAGCCAUGGAAGAAGUAUGGACGGGUCAAUGACUGGAACAUUGACCUGGUCCCCAAGCUGCUGAUGGCCAACGGCGAGUUGACGAAUAUCCUGGUUUCCACCGAUGUCACACGUUACCUCGAGUUCAAGCAGAUUGCCGGCAGCUACGUCCAACAAGGAAAGAGCCCCAAGGCCACUGUGGCGAAGGUUCCUUCAGAUGCCAACGAAGCACUUCGUUCAUCUCUCAUGGGCAUGUUCGAGAAGCGGAGGGCCAAGAAAUUUCUCGAAUGGGUUGGCGAAUUCAAGGAAGACGACCCUAGUACUCACCAGGGCUUGAACAUUGCUCAGUGCACCAUGAAGGAAGUCUAUGACAAAUUCAGCUUGGAAGAAAACACCCGUGACUUCAUUGGCCACUCCAUGGCCCUGUAUCAGUCCGACGACUAUAUUGGAAAGAGUGGAAUGGCCGCCGAUGCCAUCAACCGCAUCCGCUUGUACGUGAACUCUAUGGCCCGCUACGGCAAGUCGCCCUACAUCUACCCGCUCUACGGUCUGGGUGAGCUCCCUCAGGGCUUCGCUCGUUUGUCUGCUAUCUACGGAGGUACCUACAUGCUUAACACCAACAUCGAUGAGGUCCUCUAUGAGAACGGCAAGGUUUCUGGAAUCAAGGCCACCAUGAAGGAUCGGGAUGACAGCGGCGAAACCAUGAGCUUCACCACCAAGACCAAGAAGAUUCUGGCCGACCCAUCUUAUUUCCCUAGCAAGGCCAAGGUUACCGGAUACUUGCUGAAGGCGAUCUGCAUCCUGAAGCACCCCAUCGACAAGACGGACGGUAGCGACUCUCUGCAGCUGAUCAUUCCCCAGUCGCAGGUUGGAAGAAAGCACGAUAUCUACAUCGCUAUGGUUUCAUCGGCACACAACGUUUGCCCCAAGGGCUACUAUAUCGCUAUUGUCUCGACCAUUGCUGAGUCUGAUGCUAACCACCACAUUGAGCUGGAGCCUGGCUUUGAGCGCUUGGGUGAGAUUGAGGAGAAGUUCUUCGGUCCCCCCAUUCCGCUCUACGAGCCUCUGGAGAGCGGUGAGAACGACAACAUCUUCAUCUCCAAGAGCUACGAUGCUACAUCUCAUUUUGAAACCACAACAGCCGAUGUUCGUGAUAUUUAUCGCCGUGCGACAGGUGAAGAACUAGUCGUUGAAGGCCUCCGGGAGGAUCAGCGGCUUGCCCAGGAGUAA